AUGGCUGCUACGCCAUCAGACAGCAACGGAGCCUCUACGGGCGACCAUGAACUUGAGGUCAUGGCGGACAACAAGCCCAGCCUUCCAGUGGAGGAGGAUAUCAUGCAGUUAGCUCGACUGGGAGAGAUCGGGGCUAUACAGAAACUCUUCGACAGCGGCAAGUUUGAUGCGACAUUCAAAGAUGAGCAGGGCAUAACACCGCUACAUUGGGCCGCCAUCAACAAUCACUACGCUCUCUGCCACUUCCUUAUCCAAGCCGGUGCGCCCAUCAACGCAAAGGGCGGCGAUGCCGUUGCAACACCCGUCCUCUGGGCUGCGAAGCGUUGCAACUACUACAUUGUCAAUCUCCUCCUUGACCACGGCGCCGACCCUCUCCUCACCGACGACCAGGGCUUCAAUCUCCUGCACAGCGCGACGCUCGAUGGCAAUGUGUACCAGAUCGUUCUGCUGCUACACCAGGACAUACCGGUGGAUAUCCCAGACCCCCAGAGCCACACCCCACUCAUGUGGGCAGCGUACAAGGGCUAUCCGUCCUGUGUAGAUUUGUUUCUGAGAUGGGGUGCGAACGUAUAUGCGACAGAUGACCAGGGUUUCACCGCGCUACAUUGGGCGCUCGUAAAGGGAAGCCAAGGAUCAAUACAGAAGCUGCUAGAGUAUGGGGCAGACCGAUUCGCCAAGAAUAACGAUGGCAAGACACCAGAGGUUACGGCACAGGAGAUGAACACUACCCGACAAUGGCGUCGCGCUCUUAUGGAAGCUGGUUUUGACCGAAACGGAAACGCGAGACAGUUCCCGAUCCCAGGUGUGAAGGACACGAGGUGGUUUUUGAGCCGAUUCAUAUUCUUCUGGCCGUUUGCUAUACUCUUCGCUGCGCUUUUCCUCGUUAGUCAUUACCCGGCGUUUAUUGGUAUACCCUUGGCGUUGAUUGUUGCGUACCUCAUGCAAUGGGGAGCACAGAAGCUUUUGCGAUGGGGUCCCUCGAACAUGCGAAGCAUACAUCAUACUCCGUUCUUAGCCGGCAUCUUCGCUGGCACACUGUUCUGGGUUGGUCUCCGCUGGGCAACAACAGUCCUCCCCUGGACGAUUCGGACGAACUUCUUUCUAAACUUUCUAUUUGCGGCAUUUUACGGACUCACGGCCUAUUUCUACUUCUUCACCAUGACCGCUGAUCCCGGCUUUGUACCCAAGUCGUCGAGCAGGAGUGCCUCCAAGGCGGUUAUUGACGAGCUUAUGGAGCUACGACAAUUUGAUGAACGCCACUUCUGUGUAAACUGUAUGGUGCGGAAACCCUUGCGCAGCAAACAUUGCAAGAGGUGCGAGCGCUGCGUUGCGAAGAGUGAUCAUCAUUGUCCAUGGGUGAACAAUUGCGUCGCGAACAACAACCACAGACAUUUCGUGCUAUAUGUGUUAUCACUAGAACUCGGAAUUGUCUGUUUCAUAAGGCUAGCGCUUGCUUAUUUGGAAAUACGUGAUGCGCCCAAGGAUUUCCCCAAGUGCGCGGUCAUCUCACCGGAGCUUUGCAAAGUCCUCAACAAAGACCCAUUCACAAUUGUACUCUCAAUAUGGGCCGCCUUCCAGUUGACAUGGGUGACCAUGCUUCUCUGUGUCCAGCUUCUCCAGAUCGCGCGCAAUCUUACAACCUACGAAAGCAUGCGCGGACAUCUUCAUGGUGGCACACCUGCCGACGCAAUCAACUCCUUCGUGACGACUGGCGAUACUAGUCAAGACGUAUCUGGUGGUGCAGGCAACGCCCCUACGAACGGUUUCGGCUCCGGCCAAGACACAGGCGAUGCCCCACGUCGUCCUCAACCCCAGGCUUCUAUUUGGGACCAAUGGAAGCGUCUCCUUGGAAUCGACACCUUCCUCACUAUUGCGCUUCACGGAAGCCAAGGAGAGCAGAUAAUGCGGCAAAGACGAAGCAACCCCUUUUCACGAGGUAUCGCUGCGCGUGAGUAUGCAACUGAAGACCCUGAGCGAACCCAUGGCCCCAUGGCCGAGUACGAUGCGCGCGUCGAAUCCGGACGAUUACGAGACGACGAGCACCAACGCAAUAUUAUCAAAAACCUUCAAGAUCUGCACGACAUGUUGAAAUCCUACGAGCAACCGCCAGUCCAACAACCUACCAUCGAGUCCCUCCAACCGCCCAAGAAAUCCUUCUUCUCCUUUCUUUCAUCAUCCAAACCCGCGGGGUCGUCCCUACCACCCAUACCGGACUCGCUACCAAAGGGCAUGUACAUGUUUGGCGAUGUAGGCAGUGGAAAGACAAUGAUGAUGGAUUUGUUCUACGACACACUUCCACCAAACAUCAAGAGAAAGACAAGGAUACAUUUCCACGCCUUCAUGCAGAGCGUACAUAAAGAUUUACACAAGAUGAAGAUGCAGCACGGGAACGAUAUCGACAGCAUACCAUUUGUGGCAGCGGGCAUAGCAGAACGCUCCUCUGUUCUCUGCUUCGACGAGUUCCAAUGUACGGACGUUGCUGAUGCUAUGAUCCUCAGGAGGUUAAUGGAGAGUUUAAUGGCCCAUGGGACAGUCGUCGUCACGACGAGUAACAGACACCCAAACGAUCUUUACAAGAAUGGAAUACAAAGGGAGAGUUUCGUACCUUGUAUCAAUCUCCUAAAAACGAGGCUUACCGUAUUGAACCUGGAUUCUUCGACAGAUUACAGAAAGAUCCCACGGCCGCCAAGUGGUGUGUAUCACCACCCUCUAGACGCCUCUGCACAAACACACGUAGAGAGAUGGUUCCGCUUCCUCGGCGACUUUGAGAACGACCCACCGCACCCGGCCGUUCACGAGGUCUGGGGAAGAGAAGUCCGUGUGCCGAAGGCUAGUGGGAAGUGUGCCGUGUUUAGCUUCGACGACAUCAUCGGACGCGCUACGGGAGCAGCCGACUAUCUGGAACUCACGAGGCAAUACGAGGCGUUUGUCAUUACAGGGGUGCCUGGGAUGAACUACAGGUCAAGAGACUUGGCGCGGAGAUUCAUCACCUUUAUAGAUGCCGUGUACGAAUCCAGAGCCAAGCUAGUAAUGACCACAGCUGUUCCCCUAACAGCCCUUUUCCUCGACCAAUCCGAAUUAAACGACGCUGUAACCGCUACACAGAAAGCUGGGAAACUUCCCACCACCGCUUCCUCUUCGUCCAAACCACCUGCUAAAUCUCCCGAAGCAGAUGACCAUGAAGCUAUCUCGGACGUUAUGCGUAAUCUCAUGGAUGACCUUGGCAUGAACAUGGAUAUGUUGAAGAACAGUAGUAUCUUCUCUGGCGACGAAGAACGAUUCGCGUUUGCUAGAGCGUUGUCGAGGUUGAGUGAAAUGGGAAGUCAGGAAUGGGUUGAACGUGGAUUGGGUCUUGAAAAGAGAGGUGGAAAGGGAGAGAUGGAAGGAUGGCAGAAGGUUAGGAGUAGAUGGAGAGAGGAUAACAUGUAG